GGGGCUGGGGGGGCCCCGAGCCGGGCAAAACAGGCGGGAGAGCACGCGUGGGGGUGUGCGUGGCCACAGCAGCGAGCCCUGCCCUCGCCCCGCGUCCGCUGCCCUCGCCCCGCGUCCCCCCUUCCCGCCGUGCCGCGGCGACGCGGGGCUGGGGUGGCCCCGAGCCAGGCGGGAGGAGGUGCGGGCAGCCUCACCCCACGAUGCCUCUUCAGGGUGCCCGAGCCUCGGCUCUGCUCGCUUGGGUGAACAGCACCAAUGUUUGCCCUGAGCCCCUCCACGACCUGGCUCAGCUCCGAGACUGCAGAGUCUUCGUCAGGAUCAUCAACCAGCUCCACAGGAGUGAGGAAGAGGAGGCCAGGCUGGAGCAGCAGCAGCUCCCAGACAGGAUCUCCUUCAUCUGUGGCUUCCUGCAGAAGCACUGCAGGCACAAAGCAGCUGCAGAGAACCUGGUGGCACCUCAGAGACUGCUGGAGGGAGAGGAGCUGGAGCUGGCCAAGGUGGCUGUGCUGCUGCUCUACCACACCUCCAUGAGCUGCAAGACCCCCAGGGACUGGAAUGAGUUUGACUACAAGACCCAGGUGGAGCUGGCAGCGAUCCUCAGGUUCGUGUUGGACAAUGAGGAGAACCUGAACGAGAACCUGGAGGCCUUCCUGCAGAGGAAAGCCUCGCUGCCCUCAGCCAGCAGCAGCAGCAGCUCUGAGGAGCAUUCUCCACUCCUCUCCCACCCCCACAAGAGGGAGGUUCGGUUCCUGGAGCUCCAGAAGAUUGCCUCCUCCUCUGGAACCAACAACACGUUCUCUGGUCCACCCUCCUCCCCCAUGGGGGACAUCAUGCAGACCCCCCAGUUCCAGCUGAGGAGGCUGAAGAAGCAGCUGGCUGUGGAGAGGGAGAACCGAGAGGAGCUGGAGGUGGAGCUGGCAGAGCAGCGCAAGCUCAUCACUGAGAAGGAGUCUCAGAUCACCAUGAUGCAGCAGAAGAUCGAUCGCUUGGCUCUGCUCAACGAGAAGCAGGCAGCUGACCAGCUGGAGCCCAAGGAGGUGGAGGAGCUGAGGGAGAAGAACGAGAGCCUCAUGGUUCGCCUGCAUGAGGCCCUCAAGCAGUGCCAGGACCUGAAGACUGAGAAGGGUCAAAUGGACAGAAAGAUCAAUCAGCUCUCCGAGGAGAAUGGAGACCUCUCCUUCAAGCUGCGGGAGAUCGGCAGCCACAUGGUGCAGCUGCAGGAGGCCCUCAACGAGCUGUCAGAGGAGCACAACGCGGCCCUGGCCCAGUCCCAGGAGAAGCAGGGACAGCUGGAGAGUGAGCUGAGGGUGGCCCUGCAGGACAAGAAAUGCUCUGAGGAGAAGAUUGAGAUCCUGCAGGGGAAGAUUUCUCUGCUGGAGGAUCAGUUGGCCAAGCUGGGGGAGAGCAGCAGCCAGGAGAAGGGAGAGGUCAUGGGAGACAUCCUGAAGAUGGAGGAGCUGAAGCAGGAGGUCGCCACCCUCAGCGCCAGAGGUGCCGAGCUCCAGGCCAGGGUCCUGCAGCUGGAGGAGGAGGAGCAGCUGCGGGAAGCAGCUCUGCAGGCAGACAGAGCUCGCUUCGAGGAGGAGAAGCAGCAGCUGGGUGGCCUCAUCAGUGGCCUCCAGAGCUCCCUCUCCGAGAGCCACCAAGCCAGGGAGAAGCUGGAGCAGGACCUGCUGGCCCAGGAGGCCAAAGCCAAAGCCAGGUGCGAGGAGGACGCCGGACGCUUGGUCGCCCUCAACGCCCAACAGGAGAAGGUGCUGAGAGAGAGGGACUCAGCCCUCCAGCAGCUCCAGCACCUCCAAGAGGCCAACCUCUCCUUGGGCAACCAGCUGCAGGCCGUGGCCCAGGCCCAGGAUGCCAGCCAAGCCGCGGCGGCGGCGGAGAAGGCCGAGCUGAGGCGGAGGAUCGGCGAGCUGGAAGGCAGGGUCACGGAGCUGAGGGAGCUGGAGGGCAGGUGGAAGGAGAGCCAGCAGAAGCUGGUGGAGAAGGAGAAGCUGGCCAAGGAGAACGGGAGGCUGCAGGAGCGGCUGCUCUUCCUGGAGGAGUCCUUGAGGAACACCGAGGGCAUCCUGGAGGACGAGAAGAGGAGGGCAGCAGAGAGCCUGGAGAGCAGCUCGGCCAAGAUCGCCGAGCUGGAGGCUGAGAGGCAGCAGCUGCUGCGAGGCCAGGAGGGGCUGAGGCCUCAGCAGGAGGUGGCCAAGCAGCUGCAGGCCGAGCAGGAGAAGGCAGCCAGGCUGGAGGCUCUGCUGGCCGAGCAGCAGCAGAAGCUGAGCGCCUGCCAGGCCGACUUAGCCUCCGCCUGGGCGGGGGCGAAGGAGAAGGAGGGCGAGGAGCAGGGGCUGAAGGCUGAGCUCUCCUCCCUGCGGGAGAAGGUGGUGGGGGUGGAGCAAGCCGCGGCCCAGCGCCUGGCCUGCCUGGAGGAGGACGCCCGGAGGGCUGCCGCGGCUCUGGAGGAGGCUUCUCAGCAGCUCUCCCAGGAGAAGCUCAGGUGCAAGGAGCUGGAGGCCGCCCUGGAGCGGCUGCGGAGCGCCGAGGCCGAGCGCGCCGAGGUGGGCGCCGCCAGCAGGCAGCGAGAGCUGGAGCUGGAGGCGGAGGUGAAGAAGCUGAGCUCGGAGCUGACCCUGGUCGGGGCCAGGUUGGAGGAGACGCUGAGGGAGCAGCGCAGGGAGCUGGGGCGGCGAGAGGAGGAGGCCGAAGGCUUGCGGCAGGAGCUGGAGCGAGCCAAGGGGGACUGCGGCACGGAGAGGAGCCGCAAGGCGGAGCUGGAGGCGCAGCUGCAGAACCUCCUCAACGAGCAGAGGGUGGAGAGGCUGAGCCACCAGGAGGAGGUGUCCCGCUCCAGGCGCCUGCUGGAGGAGAAGGACGGGCAGCUGCAGGAGCUGCGGAGGGCCAGUGGUGCCCAAGGGCAGGAGCUGAGGCAGCUGCAGGAGACGGUGGAGGAGCUGCGGGCGGAGGUGGCCUCGCUGGAGGCCGCCCGGGAGGCCAGCAGGAGCGGGGCAGGUGGAAGGGGCCGGCGGCGAGGAGCAGAAGAGGACCAGCAGCAAGGUGGUGUGAGCCAGAGCCUGUACGAGGAGAAGCUGAAGGAGCUCCAGCUGCUGGGCUCCCGGGUGGAGGAGCUGGAGCAGAAGCUGAGGGAGGAGCAGGAGGCCAGGGCCAGCCUGGAGCAGGCGGCUGCCGAGGCAGCCCGAGCCGAGCGAGCCGAGCUGGAGGCCGCCAGGAGAGAGGUGGUGCUGCAGAAGGAGAAGACGUUGGAGCUGCAGAAGCUGCUGGAGACCUCCAGGUCGCUGCAGUCUCUCCACGAAGGCACCGUGGAGGCCUUGAGGAUGGAGCUGCAGGAGAAGAGCAGGGAGCUCCUGCAGAGCAAGUCCAGCCUGGGGGGCGCCGAGAAGGAGCUGGCGGCGCUGCGGGCGGCGGCGCAGGAGAAGGCUCGGCUGGAGGAGAACCUGAAGGAGCAGCUGGCCCAGUGCCUGCAGGAGCUGGAGAGGAAGAGCGCUCUGAGCUCUGGCCUGGAGCACGACGUCUCCAUCCUGCGCCGGCAGGUGGCGGAGAAGGAGGCGGAGAGCAAGGAGCUGAAGCGCCUGGCGCUGGCCGAGUCGGAGAAGAGCAAGAAGCUGGAGGAGAGGCUGAGGAUGCUGCAGACCGAGAUGGCCACGGCCGCCUCCCGCGCCGCGGAGCGCUGCUCCCUCAUGAAGGUGGAGGUGCAGCGCUGCCAGGAGGAGAUGGACAAGCAGAGGCUGGCGCUGGAGGCCCUCAAGAGGGACAGGCACUGCCAGAGCGAGCGGGAGGAGGAGCUGAGGCAGGAGGUGAAGGGCUGCCAGGAGAAGUGCCUGCAGAAGGAGCAGCUCUUGGCCGCCCUGCAGCAGGAGCUGGGCAGCGCCAAGGCGGCGGCGGGGGAGGCGGCGGCUCUGAAGCACCUCUGCCAGCAGCUGCAAGCCGAGAGGGCUGCCCUGGAGAGCCAGCAGCGCCAGGAGCUGGAGCAGAGGGCCAAGAGCCUGGAGGCCCUGCAGGGGGAGCUGGCCCGGGCCAGGCUGGAGGCGGCAGAGCUGCCCUCGCUGCGGGAGCAGGCGGCCGAGCGGGAGCGAGCGGCACAGCGGCUGCAGGCAGAGCUGCUCAGGCUGCAGCAGGCCAACGCCAGGCUGCUGGAGGACAGCCGAGGCCAGCAGAAGCUGGAGGCAGAGCUGGGCCAAGCCCUGGAGAGGCACAAGAAGGAGGUGGAGAGGCUGAAGGCCUCCUCGGAGGAGCUGGCGGCCGGCAGCAGGCGGGAGGCGGAGGAGGCCAGGAGGGAGCUGGAGGAGGCCAGGAGGGAGCAGGAGAGCAGCAGGGCGGCGGCGCGGGAGGAGAAGAGGAGGCUGCAGGAGGAGAGGCUGAAGCUGGAGGCUCAGGUGGAACAGCUCAAGGUCACCAAGCAGGACCAAGCCAAGCAGGUGGAAGAGCUCCAGAAGAAGCUGAGUCAGCAGGAAAAGGCCUCCAGGACUCAGCAGCAGAGGGUGAAGGCGCUGGAGGGGGAGCUGGCAGCAGCGGGCAGCAGGCAGCAGCAGCAGGUGGCAGAGCUGCAGGCACUGCUGGCACAGAAGGAGCAAGCAGCAGAGCACUACAAGGCACAGAUGGAGAAGGCCAAAACCCAUUACGAUGCCAAGAAGCAGCAGAACCAGGACCUGGCUGAGAAGCUGCAGGCGAUGGAGGAGCUGCAGAAGGAGAAUGUGGAGCUGAAGACAGAGGUGCAGAGGUUGGCAGAGGAGCUGCAGCAGAGCGUCCUGAAGGCCAAGGAGUCGGAGCUGGCCUGCGAGCAGCUCAGCAGCCAGCUGGACCUGGCCACCAAGCAGCUGCAGGAGGUGAACAAGGUGCAGCUGCCCACGGGGGUGCUGAAGAGCUUGGACAGCCUGCGGCAGGACCCCGCGGAGCUGAGCAGCGACAGCCUGGAGCUGAGCCUGGCCGAGGCUGCGCCGCUCAACUCCACCAGGUGCCCGUGGGGCCUGCCCCCCUGCUCGCCCUGCCCCUGCUCCUGCCCCCCCUGCCCCCUGCCCCUGCCCCCCCUGCCCCCCCUAAGCGUCUCAAGCUCCCCAGUGAGGAAGAGGAGGAGGUUUGGGGGUGGCCUGGAUGAAGCAAGGGCUAAGAUUUGA